CUACAGGAAAUCGUGGUCUUCGCUGUCAAAUUUUCUUUGGCAUACAAAAAGUUGUCGUUAUUUUUUGUUUUCGUUUUUGGUGAAUCAACGUACUGUUAUUUAUUUCAUGAUGUUUAACUCCGAAAAUUUUGAAUUGUAAUUGAAAAUAGGUAUUCGAAUCCAUUUCCUAAAAAUAUUCAGCCGGUACCUUACCGCUACAAAAAAACUAUUUCUAUAGGCGGUCUACGUUUACCGCCUAAACUUCAGAGCAAUGGAAAUGGAUAUGGUAAUUCCCUUGAAUCUCAAUUCAAAAAAGAGGAAAGAAAAUGUUCAACAACUACCCAAUUGUGAUUCUGCAUCAAAUGAAGGCUCAUCUCCUUCAAAGGUGGUCUUAGGACCAGAGCAAGCAAAGAGAAGAUUGCUUGCAUUUGCCCAGCAAUUGAACAAAACAAAGGAGAAUUUAAAUACGGACAAUAACCUACAGAAACGACCAAACCGCCAUGGAAUUCUUAAGUACACUUAUGUUGUUGAAGGAGAAGAUUGUGAAGAAAUCAGUUUUCCUGCUCACAUAAUCCAGUAUACUAAAACAGAGCCCCAAAUUUCUUAUUGUGAGAACCCUCACUAUGCUAAAGGAGUGUUUCAAUCUAGAAAAGAAAUUUUUGAUGCAGCUGAUGAAGAUACCAAAAGAAUUAUGAAUUCCAUAAUGAAUAGUACCACUCCUCUAUACCAGAAUCGGGAAUUUGCUGGAAGAUACAGGAAGUGGUAUGUAAGCAAGAAGAUGUUUGUGGGCAAGUCUUUAGAAGAUUCUGAAAACAUGUCUUUUUCUACUCAUUGGGAAACUGAUUCAGAAGAUGAGUCCAGUUAUCGAGAUAAUACCGACUAUGACGAGUUCCUUCCUAAACCACCUCCUAGCCUACUCAACACAACGGUUGUUUCAAAAGUGAAAAUCAAUAAAGUAGAACUGCCGUUCUUUGAAGAUGAUGACUUUCUCACAAGUCUCAUUUCCUCCCAAUCGAAAGUGAAAAAGGAAAUAAUUUUGGAACCGUCGAAAUCCGAAACUAAGGCUAUUCAAGAAGAAUACUCUGCAUUCAUGUCAAGCCUGGAAAACAUCAAUGAAAAACGUGUUAUAAAGCAGGAACCAAUUGAAUUGCCCGUUGCUGUCUCUCAAAAUAUUGGAGACGAAAAGGAAGUGUUGAAGGAGAGUAAAUAUGUGCAAGUUCGAAAAAGCUAUUCGCCUAACUUAAGUCUGGAAAAUACGAAUGACAAAAUCGAAACAAGGAAUGAAAUUAAGUUCGAGCCAAGCCAAUCUCCAAAAGCAGUGGAUCGGAAUUUUGAAGAUGGAGUAAUGUCAAGUGAAAUUAAAGACAACGGAAUUAGAAAACGAUCUGCUCCAAGCCCCGACUGGGACGAACAGUGGCGAUCUUCACGCUAUCGACCUUCUCGCGAAAGUACAAGUGGUACUUCGCCUAUCCCAAGAAAAGAGCCAAACACUCCCGAUGAAAAUAGCAAGGAAAACGAUUGGGAAGGUGGAAAGGAAUGCAGCAGACUUGGAGAUAUUGAUGCAAUUGACGGAUUGAUGUCAGACGCAAAAAGAAUUUCCUUAGAUGAACGUUUGGAACUGGAGUUAGGAAUCAAAGUAGAAUCUGAGAUACCAACUACAACAUCAGUGCUUUCACCUCAAUCCGUCACUGAUCAGUACUCGUGGAGUUUCGAUUCAUGCGGCAUGUCAACAAGUCCCGUUAAGCGAGCAAGAGGUUUUGGACCAAAGGCUGCACCACUCGGGCCAUGGAUUUUACAUUGUCGCAACAGAGCUCUUCCUGCCGCUCCUUACGUUCCCCCACACCUUCAAAGUGUUCUGUAUCAGCCACUGGUGCGAACCAUUCCUCCGAAGACAGAAGAUGAUAAAACAAACGAUGUUCACCGUGAGGAGAACGAGAUUAAUAAAACUGACACCCAGUCACAGGAUCUUGCACCUGAUCAAGAAAUAAAAAAGGAUUGGGACAAGGAGCUCAAAAAUCUGGAAGCUGUGGCCAGUAAUUUGGAGGUGGCAGACGAAACUGUUCUGGAGGCAUUAGAAGAGAAAUUGAUGCAAUUUGAAACUUCCAACAUCUUGCUGUCUGGUGAAUCGCCAACAUUCGAAGCUAAGAAUGAUAAAACUAAAGUAGUCAAAAAAGGGAAGCGCUCUAAACCACCUCCAGUGGAGCUCAAGGAAGCUGGAAAAGGAAUACUGGUGAUGCCACGGAUAUCUUUACUUGAUGAGAAAAGCGGAAACCAGAAAAAAGCUGUCGUGUUUGCCGACAGUGUUCGUCCCGGUUACGGAACUUCUUCGGAAGACGAGGACGAACAUGGACGCUCACCACCACCGCCCGUGGUUCAACCAGUUCAUCUUAUCGAAACGUCUCCGAAAAAGAAAUGUAAAAAGCCCAAAAAGGAGAAGAUUGUUGGAGACGAUUUCGAUCCCGUUUUUGAUCUCUUACCACCUCCCCCACCUCCACCUGGGUCGCCUGAACCUCCGCAAAUUGAAGCAAUGAUUCCUCCAUCAUCACCAACUCUUCAGCUUUUGUCGCCUCCUACUGCUGUCACAGAUGCACUUGUGGCAAGCUCACCUCAACCGAUUGAAUCAAGUGCAUGUUGACGGCCCUUUGUAAAUAAAUGAUGUCAUAAUGCUGCUAAA